AUGGGCCGUUACAAUCUCGACGCCCAUCGCGUUCAGCGCCACGCCACUUCCCUCCUCCGAACCUACGGCAACCAGCACUCCCUUCCUUCUCCCUGGUUCGCCGCAGUUUCGCAGAACCCUCCGCCUCAAAUCCUCACCCGACCGCCCCUUCGACGACCCCAAAGAGCCGGCAAAAGGCCAUCUCAACUCUUCAAACCCGUCAAACUCUCAUACGAAGAAGACAAGCUGCGGUGGGAAUACUUCAAUGACCACCCGUGGGAGCUAGCGCGGCCGAGGAUCGUGCUGGAGGACGAUGGCAGGGACGUGGAGAAGACGCCCGCCAUGUGGGACUGGAUAUGGCAGAGACAAAGCGCCCGGCCGUUGAAUGGAGAGAGUGUCAUCCAACGCCAGGCCUGGUUGCUGAGAAAUACCCCGCUCACCCCCGCGGCUGCUUACGACAAGGCGCGGAAAGAGUUAUAUCGUGUGCGCCACGCACAGGAAACGGAGCGCAGGAUCGCAAAGGAAGAGGCCCAGGCGACCGGGGCCUUCUUCGGCAAGGGUCCAUUGGAGGUGGGCAUGCAUCUGGAAAACUCCGCCUUCGAGGACUGGAAGGCUUGGGCCAUCAAGGAGUCAAUGGCGUUGAAACAGAUGCAGAGCGCGGCGUAUACGGGCAAUGAGGUCGAGGAGGCGGAUGCGGGCCCGAGUGAGCAGAAUCUGCAGGAGGAGCUGCAAGUGAAAGAAAUAGCAGACGCGGUGCCGGGGAGCAAGAGAGGGCAGGAAGUGAAAGGCGGAGCAGCUAUACACCCAUGA